ACUGAGGGAUCGGAUUCAUACAAUACUACUGAGACAACUAGGCACAGUUUAGCACACUGAUACAGCAUACCGUCGGCCCCGCUGUAAGUGAUGCCGCACUAAGGAACACUUUCACCCAAACUCCUUUGGGGGACAGAACACUACCCAGGCUACAGUUCAUUUAUGUGUUAUUUUUUGUUGUUGCUGUAUAAUAACCUUUACAAAAAUGAAAACAGUGCUGUCAGAAUUGAAGUUUUCAGACAUCGUACCAAACGGUUUCCUUUUUGCGCGUUCUUGGAUGGAAGUUUAUGCGCUUGUUAAAAAGCUUUAACACAUGCUGAGUGAAACGAUCUUCCAUACAAGCAGUUUUCACCAUUUAUAUCAGGAGAAAACAUUUAAAACACACACACACACACGUAGGGCUAGGGCUAUUUCAUGUGACUCAAUCAACUUGGACCAUCAGCAUCUCUCCUGCCGCCCGUAAUUGAACCACGCUUAACUCAAGAUAUCUGAAGAGGAAUUACGUCGGCUCUUCGAGUUACAAAGUUAUUCUGCAAGCAAUGCUUUUUUUGCCUUUCGAAUGUGGACCAUAGACUUUUUAGAACAUGGAUCAUUUUCUGUAGCGGAUAACCCUAUUGAUUUGCGUUUUAUUUGAUUCCCGCUACCAGAACAGGAUCUUUUUCUCUCCCCUAUUCCACUUCAGUGUAAUUCUAUGGCACUUCUUCUAAAGCAGUGAUGUCGCUACGUGACGGGAAUUGCGAUUGAUUUGACAUAUUCUGUUUCAAAGGGAUAUAAGAGUUGCAUCCUUACAAGGCUCCCAUCCUCUAUGAUGAUGGACUUAGCAGGUCAGGCUCAUGUGUUGGUGGUGUUGCUCACCUGCCUGGUCAUGCUGUCCUUGGCCCAAGAGAAGGACUACACGGUGAGGGAGGAGCAGCCCGAGAACGUCCGCAUCGGGAACCUGCGGAAGGACUUGGACCUGAACCUUGACCCUGACUUCAAGCUGACCUCGCCACUGCAGUUUAAGCCUGUCUACAAAACGGGCGAUGUGCCUUUGGUGAGGGUAGAGGCCAACACCGGGGAGAUCUUCACCACGGCUCACCGCAUCGACCGCGAGAAGCUCUGCUCGGGAGUAUUCAACGAGAAGCGCUGCUUCUACGAGAUCGAGGUCGCCGUUCUGCCUGACGAGAUCUUCCGUCUGGUUAAGAUCCGGUUCCUGAUUGAGGACAUCAAUGACAACGCUCCACUCUUCCAGUCCACCGUAAUAAACAUCUCCAUCCCAGAGAACACAGCCAUCAACACCCGGUACCCCGUGCCCUCUGCAUUUGACCCAGACGUGGGGAUCAAUGGGAUCCAACACUAUGAACUUGUCAAGAGUGUGAGUGAGUUUGGCCUGGACAUCAUCGAGACCCCAGAGGGAGACAGAUGGCCUCAGCUGAUCGUCCAGCAGAGCCUGGACCGUGAGCAGAAGGACACCUUCGUCAUGAAGAUCAAGGUGGAGGAUGGAGGAACGCCACCCAAGUCCAGCACGGCCAUCCUCCAGGUUACCAUCUCCGACGUCAACGACAAUCGACCGGUCUUCAAGGACAGUGAGGUGGAGGUGAACAUCCCCGAGAACGCCCCCAUAGGAACCUCCGUCACCCAACUCCACGCCACAGACGCAGACCUCGGCUCCAACGCCCAGAUCCACUUCUCCUUCUCUAAUCAGAUCUCCUCAUCCACCAAGAGGCAUUUUUCCAUCGACAGCACCACCGGGCUGAUCACUGUCAAGCAGCCCUUAGACCGGGAGGCCACUCCAAUCCACAAACUCAUUGUCCUUGCCAGCGAUGGCAGCUCCACCCCCUCCAGAGCUGCUGUUAUCAUCAACAUAACGGACAUUAAUGACAAUGUUCCGUCCAUAGACACUCGGUACAUAAUGAACCUUGUAAAUGGAACGGUUCUACUGUCGGAGAACGCACCUCUCAACACAAAAAUAGCCCUAAUUACAGUGACGGACAAGGACUCUGAUCUGAACGGAAAAGUGACUUGUUAUACUGACCACGAUGUUCCUUUCAGGUUAAAGCCUGUCUUUAAUGACCAGUUCCUGCUGGAGACUGCGGCCCCCCUAGAUUACGAAACAACCAGGGAAUAUGCAAUUAAGAUAGUAGCGUCGGAUUCUGGGAAGCCUCCUUUGAACACUUCAGCGAUGGUUUUAAUUAAAAUUAAGGAUGAGAAUGACAACGCUCCCAUCUUCCCUCAGCCUGAGAUUCAGCUGUCCAUACCAGAAAACAAUGAUCCAUCCACGCAGCUCAUAAAGAUCAGUGCCAUGGAUGCAGACAGCGGACAUAAUGCAGAGAUUAUUUAUUCUCUUGGCCCUGACGCUCCUGAUGGGUUUAACAUAGAUCGACGGUCAGGUAUCCUCUCUGUUGGAAAACGCCUGGACAGAGAGAAGCAGGAGAAGUAUUCGUUCACUGUCAUGGCGAGGGACAAUGGGUCUACUUCCCUGCAGAGCAAUGUCACAGUGAGGUUAAUAGUGCAGGACCUCAACGACAACAGCCCAGCUUUCACCCAUCCUGAGUAUAACUUCUACGUGCCUGAGAACCUGCCUCUGUACGGGACCGUGGGUCUGAUCACCGUCACAGAUUCUGAUGCAGGUGACAACUCCGUCAUAACACUGUCCAUCCUGAACGGGAAAGACAAUUUCAUUAUUGAUCCCCAGACCGGUGUGAUCAAACCCAACAUCACGUUUGAUAGAGAGCUGCAAAGCUCAUACACUUUUAUGGUGAAGGCUAUAGACGGAGGGCAACCACCCAGCACUUCAUACGCCAAGGUCACCAUAAACGUUGUGGAUGUCAAUGACAAUCGACCCGUUUUUGUUAUUCCCUCGUCCAACUACUCUUACGAUCUGGUCCAGUCUACCACCAGCCCUGGGUCUGUGGUCACCAGAGUGUUCGCUAUAGACAAUGACACUGGCAUGAAUGCUGAGCUGCAGUACAGUUUCAUUGGGGGAUCACCAAGAGGGCUGUUUGCCAUAGACAAAACAACUGGUAAUAUAACUCUGCAGGAGAAGAUAGUCUCAGCCGAUCAGGGUUUACACAGGCUAGUGGUGAAAGUCAAAGACCUGGGCCAGCCAGAGUCCUUACACGCAAUCGCCCUCAUUCACCUCUUCAUUAACGAGACUGUAUCCAACGCUACGUUCAUUCAAGAGCAGCUACGUAAGAGCUUGGAGACUCCAUUGGACCGUAAUGUGGGAGACAGUGAGGUCACACCCCAAGCCAACGGAUACGUGAUUGUUGUCAUCGCAAUUAUAGCUGGGACUAUGACAGUCAUCUUAGUCAUCUUCGUGACUGCCUUGGUGCGCUGCCGUCAGACGCCCAGGCACAAAGUGGUGCAGAAGGGCAAGCAGAGCGGCGAGUGGGUGUCGCCCAACCAGGAGAACCGUCAAAUCAAGAAGAAAAAGAAGAAAAAGAAGAGAUCCCCUAAGAGCCUCCUCUUGAACUUUGUCAGCAUAGAAGAAUCCAAGCCUGAUGAUCCCAGCCAGGAGCACAUUAAUGGAACCCUGGACCUGCCUGUGGAGCUAGAUGAGCAGACCAUGGGGAAAUAUAACUGGGCCACUACUCCGACCACCUUCAAACCUGACAGCCCAGACUUAGCCAAGCAUUACAAGUCUGCCUCCCCCCAGCCAACCUUUCAAAUCAAACCAGAGACCCCGAUGGCGCCCAAUAAACACCACGUGAUUCAGGAGCUCCCGCUAGACAACACGUUUGUGGUGGGCUGUGACUCGCACUCCAAGUGCUCCUCCACCAGCUCAGACCCGUACUCGGUCUCAGAGUGCAGCUGUCAAGGGGGAUUCAAGACUCCUGGGCAAAUCCACACCAGACAGGAGACGGCACUGAAACCACCCCUCUAUGACACACUCUGUGGCUCAGGUACAAGUCGCUGCCACAGGAUAAAAAUCAAUCUCUAGCUGCCAGUACCUAGAGAGAGAAAGAGAGAGGGAGAGAGAGAGAGAGAGAGAGGGAGGGAGGAAGGCACAGACGAAGAGGUGAAUCUCAUACUAUACAGUCUCUACAGUCUACAAAAACACCAACCAACAAAAAAAGGAACAUGUUAAUUUCGUUUAUUUAAUUUUUUGUUUGCCGAUAAAAGAAAAAAAGUAGAACUUGAAUAAUUUUCACAGAAAUUAAGACACAUUGUUGCCUGCCUGAAACUUGACAAAAACUCUCCUUGUGAAUCCUGUAGGAGGUUUGAAAUACAUUAUAGAAAGCCACCAUUUACAGUAUCUCUUAUUAUAUCUAUCUCCUAGACGAUGACUCACGAUAUAACCCACCCCCAUGUAUACAAAACAUACAGUACAAAUACAAUGAAUAUCUCUUCUGUACUUUAUUCUGUUUAUUUUGUUUAUAUUUUGUUUAUAUUUUGUUUAUAUUUUGUUUAUAUUUUGUUAAUAUUUUGUUUAUAUUUUGUUUACAUUUUGUUUACAUGUAUUUAUUUAUAUUUAUUUAUAUUUAUCACAGAGUUGACUAUGUUUAUAUUUAUUGAUUAUGUUUGACUAAAGUUUACAUACCUGGUGUCUGUUUUUAUGUUGUUGUUUUUUUCCUUGCUUUUUAAUCCAUUGAAUAUGCUAUUUUUUGGGCUUGCUUGUGGAUAUACUGACUGGCAAUGUGUAAUGCUGCAAGCUAGACCUACUGCUAAUGGGCCGACUGCUAAUGGGCCUACUGCUAAUUGGCCUACUGCUAAUGGGUCUACUACUAAUGGGCCGACUGCUAAUGGGCCUACUGCUAAUGGGCCUACUGCUAAUGGGCCUACUGCUAAUGGACCUACUACUAAUGGGCCUACUGCUAAUGGGCCUACUGCUAAUGGGCCUACCUUGAAUGGGCCUACUACUAAUGGGCCUACUACUAAUUGGCCUACUGCUAAUGGGCCUACUGCUAAUGGGCCUACUACUAAUGGGCCUACUACUAAUGGGCCUACCUUGAAUGGGCCUACUACUAAUGGGCCUACUACUAAUGGGCCUACUGCUACUGGGCCUACUGCUAAUGGGCCUACUACUAAUGGGCCUACCUUGAAUGGGCCUACUACUAAUGGGCCUACUACCAAUGGGUCUACUACUAAUGGGCCUACUACUAAUGGGCCUACUGCUAAUGGGCCUACUACUAAUGGGCCUACUACUAAUGGGCCUACCUUGAAUGGGCCUACUACUAAUGGGCCUACUACUAAUUGGCCUACUGCUAAUGGGCCUACUGCUAAUGCGCCUACUGCUAAUGGGCCUACUGCUAAUGGGCCUACUACUAAUUGGCCUACUUACUGCUAAUGGGCCUACUGCUAAUGGGCCUACUGCUAAUGGGCCUACUACUAAUGGGCCUACUACUAAUGGGCCUACUGCUAAUGGGCCUACUGCUAAUGGGCCUACUACUAAUGGGCCUACUGCUAAUGGGCCUACUGCUAAUGGGCCUACUACUAAUGGGCCUACUGCUAAUGGGCCUACUGCUAAUGGGCCUACUACUAAUGGGCCUACUACUAAUGGGCCUACUGCUAAUGGGCCUACUGCUAAUGGGCCUACUACUAAUGGGCCUACUACUAAUGGGUCUACUGCUAAUGGGUCUACUGCUAAUGGAUCUACUACUAAUGGGUCUACUGCAGAUGGGUCUACUGCUAAUGGGCCUACUGCUAAUGGGUCUACUGCUAAUGGGCCAGUUAGUAGUGAAGAGUGUGGCUGGUGUUAAUAUACAUGGCCCACUGGACUGGAACACCACAUUGUGGUGAUUUACCAGGACUAGGAGGACUGUGUCUACUGAUUGCCUACCGUAGGACAGUAGGGAAUUGUACCUCAUAAUAGAGAGGAUGAGUUUAAUACUUGAGCUAAGCCACAAUCACAAGGGACCCCGAAAGGCUCUGUUCAUAAUCAAAAGCUGUUCUAUGUAGGAAUAAACAGAUGAGCGCCAUGGUUUAACCUGAGUGUACUAGAGUCAGAUAGACCGAUUCACAGUAGAGCACCAUGGUUUAACCUGAGUGUACUAGAGUCAGAUAGACCGAUUCACAGUAGAGCGCCAUGGUUUAACCUGAGUGUACUAGAGUCAGAUAGAACGAUUCACAGUAGAGCGCCAUGGUUUAACCUGAGUGUACUAGAGUCAGAUAGACCGAUUCACAGUAGAGCACCAUGGUUUAACCUGAGUGUACUAGAGUCAGAUAGACCGAUUCACAGUAGAGCACCAUGGUUUAACCUGAGUGUACUAGAGUCAGAUAGACCGAUUCACAGUAGAGCACCAUGGUUUAACCUGAGUGUACUAGAGUCAGAUAGACCGAUUCACAGUAGAGCACCAUGGUUUAACCUGAGUGUACUAGAGUCAGAUAGACCGAUUCACAGUAGAGCACCAUGGUUUAACCUGAGUGUACUAGAGUCAGAUAGACCGAUUCACAGUAGAGCACCAUGGUUUAACCUGAGUGUACUUGAGUCAGAUAGACCGAUUCACAGUAGAGCGCCAUGGUUUAACCUGAGUGUACUAGAGUCAGAUAGAACGAUUCACAGUAGAGCACCAUGGUUUAACCUGAGUGUACUAGAGUCAGAUAGACCGAUUCACAGUAGAGCGCCAUGGUUUAACCUGAGUGUACUAGAGUCAGAUAGACCGAUUCACAGUAGAGCGCCAUGGUUUAACCUGAGUGUACUAGAGUCAGAUAGACCGAUUCACAGUAGAGCACCAUGGUUUAACCUGAGUGUACUAGAGUCAGAUAGAACGAUUCACAGUAGAGCACCAUGGUUUAACCUGAGUGUACUAGAGUCAGAUAGACCGAUUCACAGUAGAGCGCCAUGGUUUAACCUGAGUGUACUAGAGUCAGAUAGACCGAUUCACAGUAGAGCGCCAUGGUUUAACCUGAGUGUACUAGAGUCAGAUAGACCGAUUCACAGUAGAGCGCCAUGGUUUAACCUGAGUGUACUAGAGUCAGAUAGACCGAUUCACAGUAGAGCACCAUGGUUUAACCUGAGUAUACUAGAGUCAGAUAGACCGAUUCACAGUAGAGCCCCAUGGUUUAACCUGAGUGUACUAGAGUCAGAUAGACCGAUUCACAAUAGAGCGCCAUGGUUUAACCUGAGUGUACUUGAGUCAGAUAGACCGAUUUACAGUAGAGCGCCAUGGUUUAACCUGAGUGUACUAGAGUCAGAUAUACCGAUUCACAGUAGAACGCCAUGGUUUAACCUGAGUGUACUAGAGUCAGAUAGACCGAUUCACAGUAGAACACCAUGGUUUAACCUGAGUGUACUAGAGUCAGAUAGACCGAUUCACAGUAGAGCGCCAUGGUUUAACCUGAGUGUACUAGAGUCAGAUAGACCGAUUCACAGUAGAGCGCCAUGGUUUAACCUGAGUGUACUAGAGUCCGAUAGACCGAUUCACAGUAGAGCACCAUGGUUUAACCUGAGUGUACUAGAGUCAGAUAGACCGAUUCACAGUAGAGCACCAUGGUUUAACCUGAGUGUACUAGAGUCAGAUAGACCGAUUCACAGUAGAGCGCCAUGGUUUAACCUGAGUGUACUAGAGUCAGAUAGACCGAUUCACAGUAGAGCACCAUGGUUUAACCUGAGUGUACUAGAGUCAGAUAGACCGAUUCACAGUAGAGCGCCAUGGUUUAACCUGAGUGUACUAGAGUCAGAUAGACCGAUUCACAGUAGAGCACCAUGGUUUAACCUGAGUGUACUUGAGUCAGAUAGACCGAUUCACAGUAGAGCGCCAUGGUUUAACCUGAGUGUACUAGAGUCAGAUAGACCGAUUCACAGUAGAGCACCAUGGUUUAACCUGAGUGUACUAGAGUCAGAUAGACCGAUUCAAAAUAGAGCACCAUGGUUUAACCAAGUGAAACCAGUGAAGUGAAAUUAAGAGAGAUAAAUAUUGAACACCUGAAAUGAGUAGUAGUAGUACAAGCAACACUCAGCAGGUUUCAAUUUAUGAACAUAAAUAAGGUGAAGACAGAAGAAUCUUUACAAUCCACUUUCAAUAUUUACACGCCUUUUGGUUUCUGGUUUGGUAUGCACACAAAUAUAUGCCUCUACUGCAUUGUGUAAACACUCAUCGUGGUUAUGUCCUGAUCUUAAUUACUAUCUUCAAUACUACACUAAUAAACAGCUUGGUGGGUUAGCACUGUUGUUAAUAGUCAUGAUGUUUAAUGGUUGUCUAAUGAAAGAGACUGCUUUGGUAGACGAGGCUCUAUGUACAGUAUGUGUGGCACAUAUACCAUACCUUCCUAAUGAUUCAAAUCGUUUCUGGAGAAGGUAUCGGAUGUAAUUAUGGUAUCAAAUGUAUUACUACUGAGUAGAACCGCAGUGUGAACUAUACAGAGCAUCUUAGCACUGUAAUCAUCAUUUGAUUUAACUGAUCUUUGGGAGAAAAGAGAAAAAAUAUAUACAUGAUAAGAAGACAGUUUUUUUUCAAAUCUUCUGUAAAGGGAGACAGAUGACUAUGGAACAGCAACCUCACUUUUAUUCAAUGUGAAGUACAAUAUGCUCCUUACAUACUCUGUAAUUAACUUUGAUUUGCCAAUUAUGUGGAGAAAAGAAACUGUAUAUAAAUGUUUUGUUUAUGUAUGUGUGAGCUUCUGGAAUUUAUUAAAGUCUUUUUGCAUUGUG